GGAAGUGUUUUUUUAUAAUGUUGCUCACAAGACGCUGAUCAGCAGGUCAGUGUGCAUAGUUGAUAGCUGCUGAAGUUGAUGCAAUGCAGCAUAUUGCCGGCAUUAUAUUAAAGUAUUGACGGUUUUUGUGCCGCUUAGAUGGCUAACAUGCAAGCGGAUUCACUCCGAGCCCCCCCGAAAUUGGAUUUAUUAACCUCUUGUGGCAAUUUUCACGUUCUUGUUGGUGUCACUGGUAGUGUGGCAGCUGUUAAACUGCCUCUGUUGGUCUCCCAACUUCUUGAGAUACCCGGGGUGGAUGUGAGAGUGGUCACCACUGAACACGCCUGUCACUUCUACGACCCUGGUGACGUGGAUGUCAGAGUCUACAGCGAUGUGGAUGAGUGGCAGCUGUGGAGCAAACGCUCCGACCCUGUCCUUCACAUAGAGUUGAGACGCUGGGCUGACCUCCUUGUCAUAGCCCCUUUGGACGCCAACACACUGGGGAAGAUUGCUAGCGGGAUCUGUGAUAAUCUAUUGACGUGUGUGGUGAGGGCCUGGGACCCCAGCCGUCCCCUGUUGUUCUGUCCUGCCAUGAACACUGCGAUGUGGAAUCACCCCAUCACAUCCCGGCAGGUGGACACUCUGAAGGAGUUCGGAUAUGUUGAGGUCCCCUGCAUCUUCAAGGAACUGGUCUGUGGGGACAGAGGUAAAGGUGCCAUGGCAGAGCUAUCAGUGAUAGUGGAUGUUGUGAACCAGUACAUUCAGAAAGCUGCUGAGUCAUCUCAGGAACCAGCCAGACCGGGUGGAAAAUGACCCCCACAUGCCUUCCAAGAAUCUACAGAUAUUAAACCCUCUAUCCACUGGUAAUGGGACAUUUGGGAUGGGUUGUUUAGGGGUUGGGCCCCUGACUGGGUUGAUUAGGGAUUGGGCCCCUGACUCGAGGCGUGAAAAUGAUGUCUUCAUCUGAUGAUAAAAUUAUUUUGGACAUUUGCUACGUUUAUUUCUGAUGUCAUUUGAAUGUAAUGGAGCCAGAUGUUUACAGAAAUACAGCAUUUGUAAUAAAUAUAUUUGUUUGAAUUUA